AUGCGGAGAUAUGCGUCUAAAGCUGACUUUGUUGAGCUGCGGGCUGGCACAAGAAUAUCAUUAUCCACGCCCGCAUAUACCAUUCCACCUGUCGCCGCAGCCACAGCAAGCUGUACGGAGCCAGCGAGGAGGUUUAUUGUGCAAACAUUGGGACCACAUGGACGCACCUACGAGUUGCAAGCGCACAAAGCGCCAGCGAUUUAUGUGGCACAUCAAACGGUCAAUGUGCCACCACAACAACAGCAACUUUAUGUGCAACAAGCUGUGCAACAAUUGCAUUCGUCGGCCUUUAAAAAUCCGCUGCUGGUCAACACCAAUUACCCACAAAUGCCAUCAGCUGAUAGCUACUACAAUGCACCGCAGGCGACAGUCGCCACCGCAACUCAUGUGCAGCCAGCGACCCACUAUGGUCCACCUCAGUUGCAGUUGCAACCACAGCAGAAGCAACCACAUAACAGCAAUCCACAGCCUUAUGCCAUUGUCACAUUGCCAACUGGACAACGUGUACAGGAUGCAGGUCAUGGCUCUGGGCCGUCGCCAAUGGCCAGUGGGAAUUUCAAUCAACCACCUCGUUUGGGUGACUAUAGCGCCCAAUCGCAAAUUGAUGGCGAUCAUCAGCAACUGUUGCAAGCGGCACGUGCGCAAACGCAGCCUGCGGCAAGUGGUUGCAAGAAGAAUAGUGUGUAUGUGCCACCAGGUGCACAACAGAAUGAUAAGGGACAACUGCGACCACGUGGCAGACGCACUUAUCCUCAUGUCCAAGAACAGCUGGUCAAGUAUCCCUAUAAUUAA